ACCCGUUUUCUUUAAAAUCCCGCCUCCUGCGCUAAUAUUGGUUAGUCACCUAACGAUAUUUACUAGCAAUUAGCCAAUUGGAUAUUAGGAAUGUAACUAUCAGCCAAUAAUAUUGAAGGAGGCGGGGUUUGUAUGAAAACGGUUGGCAAAAACAGUAAAGGCUGAGGGGAUUGAUCCGUAUCGUGAAGCUGCUGGGUGGCUGAAGCGGAAAGGGGACAGGCAGCCUGGGGCAGCUGCUAUGCCGCUGGGACGAUGGCUGCGUUCGGGAUGUUGAGUUACGAGCACCGGCCCUUGAAGCGGCCCAGACUCGGUCCUCCGGACGUUUAUCCCCAAGACCCGAAGCAGAAAGAGGAUGAAUUGACUGCAUUGAAUGUCAAGCAGGGAUUCAAUAACCAGCCGGCAGUAUCAGGGGACGAGCAUGGUAGUGCUAAAAAUGUCAACUUUAACUCCUCUAAGAUUAGCUCAAAUUUCAGCAGCAUCAUUGCAGAAAAGCUGCGAUGCAACACCUUCCCAGACACUGGGAAGAGGAAGCCACAGGUCAACCAGAAGGACAACUUCUGGCUGGUCACGGCACGGUCACAGAGCUCCAUCAACAACUGGUUUACAGAUUUGGCUGGGACAAAACCUCUCACUCAGCUGGCGAAGAAGGUCCCUAUCUUCAGUAAGAAAGAGGAGGUUUUUGGAUAUCUGGCCAAAUACUCAGUCCCAGUCAUGCGUUCUGCCUGGAUGAUCAAAAUGACAUGUGCAUAUCAUGCUGCCAUAACUGAAACGAAAGUCAAGAAGAGGCACGUCAUAGACCCAUGCAUAGAAUGGACUCAGAUCAUUACGAAGUACCUCUGUGAGCAGCUGCAGAAGGUGGCAGAGUUUUACCGGCAGUCUCCCAGCCAGGGCUGCGGCUCUCCUCUGCCUGCUCCUCCGGCCGAGGUGGAGACGGCAAUGAAGCAGUGGGAGUACAACGAGAAACUGGCCAUGUUCAUGUUUCAGGACGGCAUGUUAGACAGACACGAGUUCUUGACGUGGGUCCUGGAAUGCUUUGAAAAGAUCCGUCCAGGAGAGGACGAGCUUCUGAAGUUGCUGCUGCCGCUCCUUUUACAGUACUCAGGGGAGUUUGUGCAGUCGGCCUAUUUGUCGAGGAGGCUGGCGUAUUUCUGCACACGGCGCCUAAACUUGCUGUUAAGUGAUGGGAGUAUAGGGCCCAGCUCAGGAGGACACCCACCACACGGCAUCGCCGGUCAGCCGGGCAACGCUCUACCCACCACCCCCACCUCCCAGCCUGCAGGGGCCACCCAGCCCCAAACACCCUUCACUGACUUCUACAUCUGCCCCCAGCACCGGCCCGUGGUGUUCGGCCUCAGCUGCAUGCUCCAGAGCAUUGUGCUGUGCUGUCCGAGCGCUCUGGUGUGGCACUACUCGCUUACAGACAGUCGGAAUAAGACUGGAUCUCCACUGGACCUUCUGCCCAUCGCCCCUUCAAAUCUGCCCAUGCCAGGCGCCAAUAGCACCUUCAACCAGCAGGUACGUGCUAAAGUGAGGGAAAUCGAGGAGCAGAUCAAGGAGAGGGGGCAGGCGGUGGAGUUUCGCUGGUCCUUUGAUAAAUGUCAGGAAACAACAGCGGGCUUCACAAUCGGUCGGGUCCUGCACACACUGGAGGUUCUGGACAACCACAGCUUUGAGAAGUCUGACUUCAGCAAUUCUCUGGACUCGCUCUACAACCGAAUCUUCGGGUCAGGCCAGAGCAAAGAUGGACAUGAGAUGAGUCCUGAUGAUGACGCAGUGGUCACUCUGCUGUGUGAGUGGGCCGUGUGCUGUAAACGCUCGGGGAGGCACCGGGCGAUGGUGGUGGCUAAGCUGUUAGAGAAGAGGCAGACCGAGAUUGAGGCAGAGAGGUGUGGGGAGUCAGAGGUGGUGGAUGAGAAGGGCUCUGUGUCUUCUGGCUCUCUCUCGGCCGCCACUCUGCCCGUCUUCCAGGACGUUCUGCUGCAGUUCCUGGACACUCAGGCCCCCGUCCUUACGGAGCCUGGUAACGAGAGCGAGCGUGUGGAGUUCUCUAACCUGGUGCUGCUCUUCUGUGAACUCAUCCGUCACGAUGUCUUUUCCCACAACAUCUACAUGUGCACGCUCAUCUCCCGUGGCGACUUGGCCUCAGAUUCCCACCUUCCCCGCCCACGUUCCCCGAGCGACGAGCCCUCCGACGAAUCCGAACGCAAAGAGCAGGACACAGGAAGCGGGGUUAAAAUGGAGGACACUGGUCUAUCUGAGCCCAUGGAGAUCGAUAACAACUCCAGCGCCAAUUUUGAUGAGAUGUUUUCCCCCCCAAUGCACUGUGAGGCGAAGGGAAGCCCCUCUCCAGAAAAAGCUGCCCCGGAGCAGGAUGGGAAGAGCACUGCUAAGGAGAAGGGUUUGGACCCGACUUUCCCCCAGGUGUACGAGCAGCCACGCCACAUCCAGUACGCCACACACUUCCCAAUCCCUCAGGAGGAAAGUGCCAGUCACGAAUGCAACCAGCGCCUUGUGGUUCUGUAUGGCGUGGGCAAGCAGCGAGACGAGGCUCGGCACGCCAUCAAGAAGAUCACCAAAGACAUCCUGAAAGUCCUGAACCGCAAGAGCACAGCUGAGACUGGAGGAGAGGAAGGACAGAAGAGGAAGAGAAGUAAGCCAGAGGCCUUUCCCACUGCAGAAGACAUUUUCUCUAAGUUUCAGCACCUCUCCCACUUUGACCAGCACCAGGUCACCUCUCAGGUGUCCAGGAACGUUCUGGAACAAAUCACCAGCUUUGCCUUAGGGAUGUCCUAUCACCUUCCCCUGGUCCAGCACAUCCAGUUCAUCUUUGACCUCAUGGAAUACUCGCUAAACAUAAGUGGCCUCAUUGACUUUGCCAUUCAGCUGCUGAAUGAACUGAGUCUAGUGGAGGCCGAGCUCCUGCUGAAGUCCUCCAGUCUGGCAGGCAGCUACACCACUAGCCUGUGUCUGUGCAUCGUGGCUGUGCUCCGACGCUACCACUCCUGCCUCAUCCUCAACCCCGACCAAACUGCGCAGGUCUUCGACGGGCUGCGCAUUGUGGUGAAGUCAGGGGUGAAUCCUGCAGACUGUUCCUCAGCCGAGCGUUGUAUCCUGGCCUACCUGUACGACCUCUAUACCUCCUGCAGUCACCUGAAGAGCAAGUUUGGAGAGAUCUUCAGUGAGUUUUGCUCCAAGGUGAAGAACUCUAUCUACUGGAACAUCGACCCAUCAGACUCCAACAUGCUGUGGGACCAGGUGUUUAUGAUCGACGCCAUAGCAAACCCUUCAGCCCACAACCUCAACCACUCCAUGGUGGGCAAGAUUCUCAACGACAGCCCAGCUAACCGCUACAGCUUCGUGUGUAACGUCCUGAUGGACGUGUGUGUGGACCACCGCGACCCUGAGAGGGUUAAUGAUAUCGGUAUCCUGUGCGCGGAGCUGACGGCAUACUGCCGUUCUCUGAGCGCAGAAUGGCUGGGUGUCCUAAAGGCUCUGUGCUGCUCUUCCAACAACGGCAACUGUGGCUUCAACGACCUGCUCUGUAACGUGGACGUGAGUGAUUUAUCGUUCCACGACUCCCUGGCUACGUUUGUUGCCAUUCUUAUAGCUCGGCAGUGUCUGCUUCUGGAGGAUCUGGUGCGCUGUGUGGCCAUCCCUUCUCUCCUCAACGCUGCCUGUAGUGAGCAGGACUCCGAGCCAGGAGCCAGACUGACCUGCAGGAUUCUGCUGCAUCUGUUCAGAACCCCUCAGAGAAAUCCAUGUCCACAGGACAGCAAGACAGAUAAGGCAACAGUGGGCAUCAGGUCGUCAUGUGAUCGCCAUUUGUUGGCUGCAUCUCAGAAUAGCAUUGUAGUGGGUGCGGUGUUUGCUGUCCUAAAGGCUGUCUUCAUGCUUGGAGAUGCUGAGUUAAAAGGCUCGGGCUUCUCCCACCCUGCUGGCUUAGAUGACAUCGGGGAGGAUGACAUGGGCUCUAAAAAAUCUGGAGGCCGCAACAUCUCCAUAGAAACAGCCAGCCUAGAUGUUUACGCCAAGUAUGUGCUGAAAAGCAUCUGUCAGCAGGAGUGGGUAGGAGAGCGCUGUCUCAAAUCUCUCUCUGAGGACAGCAGUGCUCUUCAGGACCCAGUGCUGGUAAACAUCCAGGCACAGAGGCUGCUGCAGCUCAUCUGUUACCCACACAGACAGCUGGACAGUGAGGAAGGAGAAAACCCUCAGAGACAGCGCAUCAAACGCAUCCUCCAGAACCUGGAUCAGUGGACCAUGAGACAGUCUUCUCUUGAGCUCCAGCUAAUGAUCAAGCAGAGCUCUAAUAACGAGCUCUAUUCCCUGCUGGAGAACAUUGCCAAGGCAACCAUCGAGGUUUUCCAGAAGUCUGCGGAGAUGAACUCCAGUAACCCUUCCUGGAAUGGCUCAGCUGCCUCCAGCAGCUCCGUCUCCAACAGCAACAACACCAGCAAACUCAAACCAGUGCUCAGUUCUUCAGAGCGCUCAGGCGUGUGGUUGGUGGCUCCACUGAUCGCUAAACUGCCCACCUCAGUACAAGGACACGUACUGAAAGCAGCAGGGGAGGAGCUGGAGAAGGGGCAGCAUCUAGGGUCCUCCUCCCGCAAGGAGAGAGAUCGACAGAAACAGAAGAGUAUGUCACUGCUGAGCCAGCAGCCGUUCCUGUCUCUGGUGCUGACAUGUCUGAAAGGCCAGGAUGAGCAGAGAGAGGGACUCCUUACCUCCCUCUACAGCCAAGUGCAGCAGAUUGUGACAAACUGGCGUGAGGAUCAGUACCAGGAUGACUGCAAGGCCAAGCAGAUGAUGCACGAGGCUCUGAAGCUGCGGCUCAACUUGGUGGGCGGGAUGUUUGACACGGUGCAGCGCAGCACACAGCAGACCACUGAGUGGGCGGUGCUUCUCCUCGACAUCAUCAGCAGCGGCACAGUCGACAUGCAGUCUAACAAUGAGCUGUUCACCACCGUGCUGGACAUGCUGAGCGUGCUGAUUAACGGAACACUGGCAGCGGACAUGUCCAGCAUUUCGCAGGGUGGCAUGGAGGAGAACAAGAGAGCUUACAUGAACCUGGUGAAGAAACUCAGGAAAGAGCUGGGUGAUCGUCAGUCUGAGAGUUUGGAGAAGGUGCGACAGUUACUGCCACUACCCAAGCAGACUCGGGACGUCAUCACCUGUGAACCCCAGGGAUCGCUUAUAGACACCAAGGGGAACAAAAUCGCUGGCUUUGAGAAAGAGGGUCUACAGGUGUCGACGAAGCAGAAGAUCUCCCCGUGGGACGUAUUCGAGGGCCUGAAGCACUCAGCUCCUCUUUCCUGGGGCUGGUUCGGCACAGUGCGCGUAGACCGCAAAGUCACCCGCUUUGAGGAACAGCAGAGACUCCUGCUUUAUCACACGCAUCUGAAACCCAAACCACGCAGCUAUUACCUGGAGCCUCUCCCACUGCCUCCAGAGGAGGAGGAGCCUCCCACACCUGUGCCACAAGAACCAGAAAAGAAGAUGGUGGAGGCUGUGAAGCCAGAUAAGAGUGUGCCUAAUGUGGGCGCUGAUACAAGCAAGAAGAAGACCAAGAAGAAGAAAACCUCAUCUGUAAAUAAACCAGAGGACUACACGACACGUAACCCAGGUGUAAUGGCGUUUCCUGGAUCAGGCAUGAAUCCUGAGCUGAUGAACAUAAACCAGCCCAACCACUCUUACAGAGCAAUGCACUACAACCAGACGCCUAUCAUGUACACUCAGAAUCAACCUCUUCCUCCAGGAGGGCCAGGACUGGAACCUCAAUACCGACCUCGCAUGCCUAUGAACAAUCAUCAAAAGAUUGUGCCCACGCGGCCCAAUUACCCAGGCAUGAUAUCCAACCUCCAGGGUGGCAUGAGCAUGAUGGGCAUGGAUAAUAAGCAGUACCCGAUAGGCUUCAAACCACAGCCUGCCAUGCCGCAGGGCCAGAUACGGCAGCAGCUGCAGGUCAGACUGAACCAGAGCAUGAUGGGACAGCAGAUGAGACAGAUGGCUCCCAAUCAGCCAUACACCUCCAUGCAGCCAUCACAGGGCUACACCAGCUAUGGUUCUCACAUGGGGAUGCAGCCGCACCCCUCUCAAACAGGGGGAAUAGUUCCUUCUUCAUACAGUAACCAGGGCUUCCCAGGAGCCCAUCCUGUUACCAAUCCUGGUGUGGUGGAUCCUCUCAGGCAGAUGCAGCAGAGGCCCAGUGGAUACGUCCACCAGCAGGCACCUGGGGCAUACACAGCCAACAUGCAAAACACGCCAAGGUUUAACCAUCAGCCCAUGCAGCAGACUCCCAUGAUGCAUGGCCUGGGGCAGGGCCACAUGCAGGCACAAGGAAUGCACCCCAACAUGCGCACCAAUCAGAUGCUGGACCAGCAGCAGCAGCAGCAGCAGGCGCAGCAGCAGCAGCAGCAGUUCUUGAGACAACAGGCCCUCCGGCAACAAGCUCAGCAGCAGCAGCAGCAGGUGCAGCAGCAGCAGCAGCAGGUCCCCUCUCAGCAGGUGCAGCAGCAGCAGCAGGUCUCCUCUCAGCAGGUCCAGCAGCAGCAGGUGGGCACGGCGCAGCCUCCCGGCCAGCCCCAGAGUCAGGCCCUGGGCAUGCAGCCUCUUCCUCCACAGCAGCCCAUGUUCCCUCGGCAGGGGCAGGGCAUGCAGCAGACGCAACAGCAACAACAGACUGCCGCUUUGGUCAGGCAACUCCAACAGCAGCUGUCAAACACACAGCCCGGACAGAGCACCAAUUCAUAUUACCCCAAGUAUGAGUGAGUCCUGCGUGGCCCUUCUGAAACGGACGGGUCGAGUCCAGAGCCUUCAAGAGCUGGGAGGCCUUCAGACAGGACAGACUGACUUUGGGCCUAGAAGAUUCCCAGCCGAUCUGUAUCUGACCACAGUGCUGUUUCUAGGAUUAAAUCUCUUUCAGAUUUUGUGUAAUUCCACAACAGUCGACUGAGGGAUGGCACUGUGAACUGGAGAUCAUGAAGCGCAAUGGAAGGACUUUGUGUAUUUAAAAAAAAAAAAAAAAAAAAAAAAAAAAAAAAAAAAAAAGACAUGAAAUGAUGAGAGUAAUGCAGUGUUUUUUUAUUUUAUUUUACUUUGUACAAUUUUUCAGUUUCGUGUAUUCUCAUUAAAAAAGUCAUGUCAAUUUUU